AUGGCUCCGAGCAUCAACGAUAUUCUUCCAGAGCAGUAUGCUCCGUUGGAAGUGAAGAGUUUGAAAUCGCGCGAUUUGAGGCCCUCGGAUGAGUCGAGCGAGGGUCAAACCGAGCGCGGGGCUGUUGGUGGCUAUGAUGCUACCAGCGCUCCAAAUGUGCAGGAAAUGCCUCUGUUUAAUAUGCCAUCGAUGCAGAAGCUCCGGCAGGCUCAGUGGCGAGUUGAGCAUGAUUUCCGGUCUGAUACUGUCACGGUGCCCACGGUGAACAUGAUGCAGGCGAUGAUCGAAUCCUCGUUUCAAGAUGACAUGUACGAUGCCGAAGGAGACGAAUCAGUCAACCGCCUCCAAGACCGACUCGUCGAAUUGACCGGAAAAGAAGCGGCGAUGUGGGCUCUGUCCGGUACAAUGGGAAACCAGAUAUGCCUUCGGAAUCAUCUGACACAACCACCUCACUCGGUACUUCUUGACCACCGGGCUCAUGUACACUGUUGGGAGUCGGGUGCCUUGCCGGUCAUGUCACAGGCAUCUGUUACUCAAGUUCAUCCCAAGAAUGGGCUUCAUCUGACAGUAGAAGAUGUCAAAAAACACAUCAUUGCGGAUGGCAAUAUUCACUUCCCCCCAACUCGUGUCGUUUCUCUAGAAAACUCUUUAAGUGGCACAAUUCUACCUCUCAAAGAUGCCAAGGAGAUCUCCGAGUUUGUCCGUAAUUAUCCCGUUGAAGAAGGACAACGUCCCAUUGCUAUGCACCUGGAUGGUGCUCGUUUAUUUGAUGCCAUUGCGGCUGAAGGUGUCGACUUGAAAGAAUACUGUGCAUGCUUUGACUCUAUUAGUAUCUGUCUUGCAAAGGGUCUUGGUGCCCCUAUGGGCAGCGUCAUAGUUGGUUCGAAGAAAUUUAUCAACCGCGCCAAGUAUUUCCGUAAGAUGUUUGGUGGAGGUACAAGACAGCCCGGAAUGAUGGCUGCUGCUGCUCUGAGUUCCAUCGAAUAUACAAUGCCCUUACUUCCCCGAGUCCAUGCCCUAACCCGGCAGACGGCCGAAUCAUUACGCAAAGUUGGAUAUACGAUUUCGCUGCCCGUCCAGACGAACAUGAUUGUUCUCGAUCUCGAGAACGACGGGAUUCCGCCGGCUGCUUUUGUCGACUACGGGAAACGUGCUGAAGUGUCGCUGUUCCCCACUGGCCGGCUGGUGUUUCAUCAUCAGAUUUCGCCAGAAGCUGCUGCAAAGCUUGUUAAUGCGUUGACGCGGCUGAUGGAAGAUAAGAAUGCUGGCGUAGCCUUGGAGACUCGCAAGGUUACUGGCGGUUAUAUUUAG